CCAUCACUCUUUGUCAGUUGGUCUGUUUCGUUCCUGCGUUUGUUCCCCGGUGUUUUCCUCUGUGCCCGGAACCUGCUUGGAGUCCCUCUCGCCUGUUCCUGCCUUUUUGCCCGACUGUCUGACUCAUCAGCCCACUUCACAGCGGGACAGAUGCUGAGCUGGUGGCGCAGUAGAUUACGACACGAGGCGAGCGCUGGUGGUCCGCCGUUGUUCACGCGGUUCGGAUGAGCGACAGCGACGCCGCCGCCGCCGCCCGGAGCCGCCGUCCUGCUGGAAAUAGUCGCCCUGUGCCGCUGGACUGCUGCGGAGGACUCAGCAACGUCGACUACUCCAAGAUGGACCUCACACUGAUGGAAGAACUCCUAAAACACAUCGACUUACAUGACUCCAGCUUUUGUAUCGCUGUGAUUGCCAUUAUUUUCAACCCUCUCUUCUGGAAUGUGAUGGCGAGAUGGGAACAUCAUACGCGGACAAUCUCCAGGCUCUUUGGUAGCCCUUACCUGGCCUGUUACUGCCUGGGCUUCGUCAUCAUCUUGCUCAACGUCUACCGCAGCCACAGCAUGACAGUGGCGAUGAAGGCCCAGGCCAGGUGGGAAGUGAUGGACAGGACGGAUGUCUUCUACACUGGGGUAGCUCUCAUGGUACUGGGCACUCUACUGGUGGUCAGCAGCUUCCUUGCUCUGGGAUUCACUGGAACCUUCCUAGGUGAUUACUUUGGCAUCCUGAUGGAUGAGAAGGUGACAGGCUUUCCCUUUAACAUCAUAGAGAACCCAAUGUACUGGGGCAGCACAGCCAACUACCUCGGUCUGGCACUCAUUGGUGCCAGUCCUGUUGGACUUGUCCUGACUGCCGUAGUAGCUUUGGCUUACAAGGUGGCGUUAAGAUUCGAGGGACCAUUCACUGAACAGAUCUAUCAGGAGAGGAGUCGGCGCCACAAGCAUGAAUAAUUGCCUCCCCGACGCUUAUUGCUACUGGUUUUGGCCGAGGAUUCCCAUCCUGUGGACAAAAAGAUGGACUGAACGACAGACAGACUUCCCAGCAGCCUUGAUCACUAAUCCACGUCCAGCAUGGAUACAAAGGAAAUGUUCACACUGCAGCUCCAACUGUUCGUCUUCUCAUUAAAUUUAAACUCUUCUAAAGAAUGUGGAAACUACAUGGAGCCUUUUUUCUAAUGUAAUUCUUAACCACAUGACUAUAACAUACUUAAUUGGGCUAAAUAUGUCAAAUUAAAGGAAUAGUUUGAUAUUUUGGAAAUUAGAAUAUUGAACCACUCUUAUAUCUUAAAGGGGAACUCCACCAAUUUUACACACCAAAGUUGGUAUACAGGUGUUGGGGAGCACUACUGCAUACAUGAAAAAUGUUGUACACAGCCUUUUGUGUCUCCAGGCAGAGCGGUGUGAGGUCUGAUAUAUCGCCCCAAGUGAUUACUACACCUGAUGACCUGAAGAUCUGAAAAUGAAAAAAAAUCUGGGGGUGUUCGAAAGAAGUGAGCUUACCAGACCUCUGGAGCCUGAUCUUGGUCUCUGCUUGGUUAUAGUACAGUGGUUACUGUACUGUACUCUAUUACUAGCAUUACACACCCAAAUCAUUGAUGUAUUAAGAGAGCUGAAUACGGUGCUGCCACUCAGCCUUAGUGCAAAUAUAUCCCCGUGGCGACUGGCGGUAUUGCAACAAAAAAAUGCCGUGUGGCUCAGGAAGCAUUUUCCCUAUUAACCACCUCUAUGAAAGAGGAAUCUAAAUCUGUUGAUAUGGCAGCUCAAAGAGCACAUAAAGUCAGUUUUUACACUUUUUGUACCAUUAAUUUUUAAUCCAUGGAAGUUUUAUAUAUAUAUAAUAUAUCUAUAUAUAUAUAUAAAACUUCCCCAAAGCCCAGAAAAGUGAGUUUCAAUUCGUUGGCGUCAUCACAGUGUAAAAUCUACGGGCUGAGCAAGGGCAGGCCCACUGUAAUAUACAGUGUUAUACAGGUAUCAUGCUAAACCAGGGGAGUGCUCUUUAACUAUGGAGCUUGAGCACAGAGGCAAUUAGCUUAGCUUAGCAUACAGGCUUGAAGCAGGCUGAAACAGCUAGCCUGGCUCUCUUGCCCAACACCUUGUUUCUCAUCUGUUUUGCGAAAGAGAGAAAAGGUAAAAUGGACAAUUUGUGUCUCGUGGACGAAUACUUUACUAGUUACAGUUUCCAAUCCUUAUGCUAAGCUACGCUAACUGCCUCUCUGCUCUAGCUCCAUACUCCACACACAGACAUAAGAGUGGUAUCAAUCGUGUCAUCGGACUCUCAGCGAGAAAGCCAAUAACCAUAUUUCCUAAGACAUUUAGCUGUUCUUUUAAAGCUUUACUAGGCUAGAUUUCCACCGUAUGUACAGUACAAAACACCCACAAAAUAGGAACACAUCGGACUUAACUGAGAUCUCAUACACAAGUCUAGUUUUCAAAUACAUGUCAAGUAUUGUCACUUGACAGAAAUUUCGGCACAGUUUGAAUCGACGUUUUAACCAGCUCCACCGCAGCAGCUGACAAGAAGUGACAGAAAGUACAUUGUUCAUCAACGUUACAUGUUCUACGGUAACUUUUUUUCUUUUUUUACAGCUCACUUACUUCUUGCAGCAUUAAAUAAUAAAAUAAAUUGUUCUUGUACAGAUGUUCUAUUAUAUGAAGAACCCAGUGAUGUUAACAACUUCGGUGAUCUUGAUAACGUUCCAUAUUAUUCCUAGUGUUAUUUGUCUUCCUUUUUCUGACGUAUUACUGUGUGACAUAAAACAGCAUUUUGACCUACAGGCAUUGCUAUUUUUGAAAGAAAAAAAAAGGUCCAUUUCAAGCUAGUGGCAAAUACUGAAAGCACAGGGAAGCAGCUAGAAAAUUUCCCAAAAAGGUUUUUUCGCAAGUUCAUCACUGCAACAAGUUCUCAAUUGAUUACAAAUGCCACCAUUCUAAUAAAAACCCCACAUGAUGACCAUAUUUAAUGAGAGCACUGUGCUAGAUUUGAUGGUGUAACUGUUUGUGGGAUCAACUGGUGUGCGUAUAAAUUUUAUAGUCUCCUUCAAAGCAAGGCAAAAAAAAAA